AUGAUUGUCAACAAUUAUUUCUAUGAAUACAUUUUGUUGGUAAUUCAUACUUGCUUAGUUUUUCCUCACAAUGAUUUUAUUUUUUGUAUUUUCAGACAUGAACGUAAAAUGUUUGAGAAAUACCAGAAAACAAUAAGAUCUAUACCUGAUAAAAAAGAUAGGGAAGAAAUAGACAUGUUGAAAAAUCAGAUAAAUGAACUUCAAGAAGAAAUGAAAAGGAAAGAAACGAGAUGGACGUCAAGUCAAACAAGAUUAAAAGAUAAACUAGAGUUAGUGGAGUUGGAGAAUAAAGAAUUAAAGGAUGAAAUAAAACUACUAGAGAAAAAGAGAAUCGAAUGGAUGCAGAAGGAAGCUGCUACUACAUCGUCUAUACACCUACAAAGGAAACAGAAGAUAAUCAGCCUAAUGUCAAUACCCAUCACAGUAAGUAACUUCACAGACCAUACCCUUUUAACCAGUUAUAAAUAUCUAACUAGGUCUUCAGAGAAUAAUUCAACCUCUUUAUCAACUUCCACAUCAGCUUUAUCAUCAUCAACAGCAACGACAUCAAGUGUACCGCGUAAACUAGCUUCUAGAUUGUUACUGGAUAAUCCCACCAUAGACAAGGGGAAUAAACAAUAUGAAGAAUCACAACACUCUGAUGGCAAGAUUGAAAGAAUAUAUAAGAAUGGUGCUAGAGAAAUAUUAUUUGCUAAUGGAACUCGAAAAGAAAUCUCAUCAGAUGGUCAAUCUAUAGUGGUAUCAUUUUUUAAUGGUGAUAUAAAACAGAUUUAUCCAGAUAAACGAGUGGUAUACUAUUAUGCUGAUGCCCAGACCUCACAUACAACUUAUCCUGAUAGCCUGGAAGUUUUACAGUUCCAAAAUGGACAAAUAGAGAAACAUUACCCAGAUGGAACCAAAGAAAUUACCUUCCCAGAUCAGACUGUAAAAUAUUUAUUUCCUAAUGGAUCUGAAGAGAGUAUAUUUCCUGAUGGAACAGUGAUCCGAGUGGAUGUCAGUGGAGAUAAAACUAUGGAAUUUCCUAAUGGACAGAGAGAAAUUCAUAAUUCACAGUUUAAGAGACGUGAAUAUCCAGACGGAACAGUUAAAACAGUUUAUCCUGAUGGUAGACAAGAGACACGAUAUUCCACUGGACGAGUGAGGCUAAAAGAUAAAGAUGGAAAUGUUAUUAUGGAUAGAAUAUGUUGA